AUGAAUGAAAAGCUAGCCAUUGAAUCUGGAUCGUCUACAAACGAACAGUCCAAUAUUCCAAAUUUAUCAUCCGUCGAACAACUUAAUACGUUUACAUUACCGGUUAAUGAUCAACUAAAUUCACCCUCUACUUUAUUUUCAACUAAUCAGUCAAACGCCUCGUCGGCUGUUGUUAUUCAAACAGACGAAAAACCAAAUGAAAGUCAAAUGAAUGAUAAAACUAAGAAAGAAGAGCGUUAUUUAUAUUUAUUAAAUGAUUCAAAUUAUGGUGUUAUAUUGUGUUUUUUGGAUAAAUUUCGUCCAUUACUAGAUCUACAUGAUUAUCCAUUAAGAUUGUUGGAAGAACAUUUAUUAAGUGAUGAUGAAAACAUUAGUCGACAGUUAAUGGAUUUUCAUAUAUCAUUACUCAAACGUCUUGUAUUUGGUAAAAAUGCUAAACAUGAAAACUUUCUUUCAACAAUUACACGAUUCACAUAUCGAUUUGACUUGGAAGAUGGCGAUCAUUUGACCUCGGUCGGUUAUGCACAUGCCGAGAUAAAUGUGAAAAUUCGUAUUUUAAAGAAUCUUCUUGAAGCACAAUUUGAUCAAAACCAAACAUUAAAAGCUGCAAUACAAGACAAGCCAUCAAACGAGAUUCGAUCACAACCGCUCGGAAGAGAUCAAUAUGGCUCAUCGUAUUGGUUAUUUAUGGAUCGUGAAUGUUUUGUACAUUUAUUUCGUGAAAGUUCUGAUUAUGAGCGAACAUGGUCUAAUGUAGCAAAAAAUGAAGAAGAAUUUGAACGUUUUACAAAAUGUCUAACGUACGAUCAAACAUUAAAAAAGAAGUUUCAUGAAUGGAAACUUGAAAUACCUACAUUUUUCUUACCUGAUUUGCCAAUAGAACAUUUUUAUGAUUCUAAACUCUAUUUUAAUGACACAAAAGAAACAACUUCACAAUCAGAGGAAAAUGAAAAACAAACAAAGUUCCACGACAAUAUUUUAUCUCCCAAGAAUGAGAUCGCACAAGAAAAUAUAAAUACAGCAACGACUUCAAAUAGUGAGAGUGUUAAACAUGAAAUCAAACAAGAAGAGGUAAAGCCUAUUGAAGAGAAUUGUAACAUUGAAAAAAGCUCAAACGAAGCGGAUGAAUGCCAAAUACAAACGAAUGAGGUUGGUGUAAUUAAAAAUCGAUCAAGACGAAAAGCUGUUAGUUGGACAAGAAAGAAGAAAGAUAAAAAGAAUAUAGCAGUGGAUAUUGACACACAAUCACAAUCCGAAAAAGAGAAAAAGUCAACAACAUUAAAUGGUAGAAAACGGAAACGAAUAGAUGAUGAAUAUAGCGAUAUAAACGGUGGAGAAGAAAAUUCAAAUUCAUCAAUGUCAAAAACAAAUUUGAAUGAAACACUACUGGAUGAUGAUCGUGUAAGUUAUUUACUUAUGAGAUUUAGUAAAAAAAAUAUUGACAGCCUCUUGCUCUCCGACGAUCACGACACAUUGGUGAAGUCAAGUAAAAAGAUAGAUAACAAAAUCAAAAAUCAAAUUGGUCCGGCAACAAGACAACAACAAACAUUGUCGUGUCCAAAUCUUCUAACGAAAACGAAACGCACUAGAAAGAAGAAACGGGUAAAAAAUAAUUGCGGUUCAUAUUGGAGUGAAACAAGUUCAGAUGACGAAAAAAUAAUAUCAGAUGAAGAUGAUGACGAUGUAGAAGAAGAGUCAGAUCAUUUUGAAAAUGAGAUGGAAGUGGAAGAUAAUCUAGAUGACGACGACGAAUAUGUUCCAUUGGCAAAAACGGUGCUCUCCAAACGACGAAAAGCAGCAGAAACAGAUGGUGCUGUUGAUUGGACUUUAUUGUCCGAACAUACACCUAAUACUACUGCCUGUUGUAGUUGUUUGAAAACUGAUCAUCCAGAAUUAUUACUAUUAUGCGAUAAUUGCGAUGAUGCUUAUCAUACAGAUUGUUUAAAACCUAUUUUACUUAAUAUACCCGAUGGAAACUGGUAUUGUCCAUUGUGUGAACAUAAACAUUUAUGUGAAAUAUUAGUAGAAAAAUUGAAACAAUUAAUUGAAAAUCACAAAGAAUUAGAAUUGAAACGUAAUCAAUGUAUAAUUGAAGAAAAUAAUGAUCGUUUAUCAAAUUCAACAGAAAAUGUAGAUUAUAAGGAUGAUAAUUCACAACAAAAAAAUGAUGUAAAUGAAGAUGAACCAGGCGAAGAUGAACACGAUUAUGAAAUAAGUCAACGUGGACGAAAACGUCGUUCGCGUUUUAAAAUUAAAAUUCAGAAUAGUGACGAUGAGGAAAACUACGAUGAUGAUUCGAGAGACACUGAUUAUGAUCUGAAUGAAAGUAGAGGAGAAAGAAGUAAUAAUAUUCAAUUUGAUUUAAAAUUACCGAAUAGUAUUAAAAAAUUAUUAAACAAUAGAUGUAGAACAACAACAACAACAACAGCAAUGCUAAAUAAAAAGGAUCGAAGAGAUUCAACAAGAAUGGCAACGCGAUCCAUCGAUAUUAAUGAUGUAAAUCAUUUAAAUGAAAAAUUAGGUAGUCCACUAGUCUAUGUAAAUAUGAUUGGGGGUUCAAGUGAAUUACAAUCAGUAAUAACAAAUUCAAAACAAACAUCACAAAUUGUUCGACGAUGGCGAGAUGUACAACGACGUAGUUCAAUGUUAAAAUCAAAAAUGCCAACGACUUCAGAUUGUGCAGAUGAUGGUGAUUCACUAUUAGAUUCACCAAUAUCAGUUUGUGGUGGUGAUCAAAUUCGUUCGCCAAUUAAUUCAUCCUAUGAUGAUGAUAAUAAUUCGACAGAAACUAUAAUACGUUCAAAAACAUCGAAAGGAAAAAGAGUACCAACAUCUACAACUACCAUAUCAAAACAUUUACCUCAAUAUUAUUCAAAUAAAUCUGAUACAAAUUUUGAAAAAUUAACACAUGAUAUUCAACAAGCACUCAGUGUCACAUUGUCAAAAAAAGAGAAUCCACAAUCGAAAAAUAUAACGGUAUCCUCCACGAAUAUUAACACAGAAGGAACAUCAUCAUCGAGAAUAACAUUGAGUUCAUCAAGUUUCUAUUCAUCAAAACCCACUUCAUCAACAAAAUUACAUGAUUCAAUUAAUUUAUCAUCUGAUUCAUUUGGUCGACUGGGUAAUAAUACUAGUCAUCAUCAAAGAGUACAAACAAGUUUUUUACCUUAUCGCGAAAAAUUAAAUAUUAUACCGACAUCACGUUUAAUGUCACACUCAAAUUAUAAAAUAUUUAAAUCGAAAGAUCCGCCCACAACAACCAAUGGUCAUCAUUCAUCAUCCUCAACAUCAUCAUCAAUAACUUUUGAUGAUAAAACAUUAACUUGA